AUGGAUAAGUGGCGGAACCUACCGCUCUCGAAGGAGGAAGAGGAGGGAGUGACGGCGGAAGGGGAUGAGGUAGAAGAAGUGGAGGUCUUUCAGAGAACACUAGUGGGAAAGUUGUGGACAGAGAACAACUUCAAUGUGCGAGCUUUCACAUCUACCAUCAUAGGGGCUUGGAGAUUGAAGAACCCGGUGGAAACACAGGAGAUCCACAAGAACUUGUUUCUGUUUAAGUUCGCAUCCAAAAGAGAUCUUGAUUCGGUGCUAAAAAACGGGCCCUGGGGCUUUGAUCGAAACCUGCUAAUUCUGGACAGAGUGACAGGCGAAGAACAACCCUCAGGGAUAGACAUGCAUUUUGGUACUUUCUGGGUUCGGGUGUACGAUCUACCCCUGCUUCUGAGAUCUGAACCUAUGGCGAAGAAGAUUGGAGAUAUUCUGGGGAGUUUUGAGGAGAUGGACAUGAAGGAUGCUCACCGGAAUGGAAAGUUCCUGAGAAUAAAGGUGAAGAUGGAUCUGAAGAAACCUCUGAAAAGGGGGACAGUGGUCAGGUACAAGGAGAAGAGUCACCGGGUCUUCUUCAAGUACGAACGGUUACCUACUUUCUGCUUCAUUUGUGGGAGAGUAGGCCACCAAAUGAAGGACUGCGAAGAGAUGGGUGAUUUAGGGGAGGAGGGCUACGAGGACAUAGAUGAGCAAGAUCUAUCCUAUGGAAUAUGGCUGAGAGCUUCGCCCCUUCCAAAGGUGUAUGAAGACCAGAGGCAGCGAGAGUCAAGCUCAGGCAACUGCACCAAGAGCUUAUUUCUUGCUUCGUCGAGCCAUAGCAGAUGUGAAAAUGAGAAGAAGGAGAAAGGAGGGGAAACUGAAGUUGAGCAAGAGAAAGGGGUAGAGAUAACUGACAAAGCCAAAGCUGCCAAGGGAUCUCCAAAUACACACAGGGACCAUGACCAACGAGGGCUUAAGGUGGAAUCAGUGGCGGAGUCACUGGGAGCGGUGGAGUUGAAUAGUUCUAAACCUCCAAGCAAGGCGGGAGUGGUGGCUAGCAUAUCAAAGAGAAAGACAUGGAGUAGGAAGAAAGGUGAGAGAAAACCGGUUGUUAAGAAGGCCCAAGGAAAGGAAAAGGAAAUAGAAGCCAUGGAGAGGAAGAGACAGCUUAUUGAUGUGGUUAUAACUGAAGGGACCUUAGAGGAUAUGGAGUGUGAUGAUGUUAAGAGGAAGAGAAUUGAUGUAGGGGAAGGAGGAAAAUCAGUCGAACCAGAGGUGGUGUUGAACGACCAACACCGCCUACAUCAAUGA